AUCAUAUGUGCUAAGAGGAAAAAGACUAGUUUGGUUUGAUAACAUAAACUAGUUGGUGGGUUACCUUAAGCUAUAUUUUGGAACUGCAGAUGUUAUGAGGUUUAACAAAUAUGACGGCAAAGUGUUUAUUGCUCGUUCUUUUUAAGGUGAUUUAUGCUGUCAUAGAUUUUGGAGCUUUAGAAUUCAAUCUUUGUUAUUCUGGGGACAAUAAAUUUUCUGUUUUGGUUGGAAGGACAAUAGAACAAUGUAUGGAAGAAUGUAUUGCACGAGAUUAUUGUAAAGCAUUGAAUUUUAGGACGAAAAUGAAGAUUUGUGAACUAUUCGCAACAACAAGUUCAGAACACUUUAGCCCCGGAGAAUGUCUUUAUGCUGACAAAACAAACCUGCAACCUUCAUCUACACAGAAUGUCUGCAAAAGGGGAGAAGUUCAAGAAACUAGUGGCUGUGUUAUAAAAGAAUGUAUAAGCAUAACCAUUCCUGAACAUGGAAGGGUCCUUGGCAACAUGAGGAAUGUUGGGAAAGAUAUCAGGUACACAUGUGAACACGGAUAUAAAGUAAAGAACAAUGUGCCUACACCUGUUGCUGAAUGUCUGGAGACAGGACUUUGGAGCGUCAAUGUUGAAUGCGUAAACAUGGCAUACACGUGGGCAACCUGGACUGGCUGGAGUCAAUGUAGCGUCUCUUGUGGUGGCGGUCAAAGAACAAGGACAAGGUCGUGUACCAUUCCUAUACAAGGCAUUGAUGAUGUUCAAUGUUUACAAGAUGAUCCGGUAAAUCAUCCGGGCAUUGAAUCAGAGACAUGCAACCACCCAACUUGUGAAGCCCCGACGAUAGGCAAGUUUUGUACGGUAGAUGCGGACUGUAUAGAGACUGAAGGCAUGUGCAUUGGAGGGAGAUGUUUCUGCAACCCCCUGUACCGAUAUAACGUGACCUUACAAAAUUGCAUUAAGGUGUGUGAAAUUCUCACAGAUGAAUUUGAUGUGUUUGAGCACGUUGCUAUUGUUGGUUACAAUGACAUACAGUACGAGAUGCCAGCUGCCAGCGUUGACGUCUGUAUAAAGGAAUGCAUUAGCAACACAAACUGUCUUUCCAUUGACAGGUACAGUAAAUUUGGAAUUCUGAUGUGCAAUCUAUCACAAGUGUCACGUGACAUGAUACUGGAUGCAUUACCAGGACAUUUAUUUGAUUAUGACGUGUCUUCAAUUUAUACAAGAAAAUGUAAAUAAAUGUUUACCAUGUGUAAAACUGUUCAAAUGCAUGAGCUAUCUCUUGUAGUAUGUACUUAUUUUGAAAUGAUAAAUGUCAAGAUCAUUGUUUCUCUUCAUUACUUUAGUUUAAGGCGACAACGGACAAUUUCCAUGGUACUACCAUAAAUGUCGUUGAAACCAACUUAUUUUAGUAAUAAUUGUUAUUUAUUUAAAUUUUGUGCAUUAAAUGUCUUUGAUCUUCAUAAAAAAUAUCAUAUUUGAAAAAAAUGACUUUGUAAAUUAUUGAUUUUGAUAAAAAGUAUAUAAUCUUAAAUAGUCAUACCA